AUGGCGUCGCGCGCGCGGGCAAUAGCGGCGAACGCGCCCGUGAUUCGGAUGGAUAAGAGACGGGGUGAAGGAUCGCGCGCGGGCGACGGACGGGCGCGCGUCGUCGCGCGGGCGAAGUCGGCGGCGGCGUCGUUCCCGUUCGUGAAGAUUGUUGGACAGGAAGAGCUGAAGCUGGCGCUGAUUCUGAACGUGGUGGAUAGCGCGAUCGGGGGGGUGUUGAUCAUGGGCGACCGCGGGACGGCGAAGAGCGUGAGCGUGCGGUCGUUGACGCAACUGUUGCCGGAGAUUGAUGUGGUGGCGGGUGAUCCGUUUAACUCGUCCCCGGAUGAUCCGCAGUUGAUGGGACCGGACGUGCGAGAGAAAUAUGGGCGCGGGGAGACGCUGGAGACGACGAAGAUCAGGGUGCCGAUGGUGGAGGUGCCGCUCGGGACGACGGAGGAUCGCAUCUGCGGGACGAUUGACAUCGAGAAGGCUUUGAGCGAGGGUACGAAGGCGUACGAUCCUGGAUUGUUGGCGAAGGCGAACAGAGGCUUGCUGUACAUUGACGAGGUGAACCUGUUGGAUGACUCGCUCGUGGACGUCGUCCUCGACUCAGCCGCGGGCGGUUGGAACACCGUCGAGCGCGAAGGGAUCUCCCUCACGCACCCGGCCAAGUUCAUCAUGAUCGGCAGCGGUAAUCCGGAGGAGGGCGAGCUUCGUCCGCAGCUCCUCGAUCGAUUCGGAAUGGCUGUGAACAUCAGAACGAUUUACGAUCAAGAGCAGCGUACCCAGUUGGUGAUGAAUAAGAUCGCGUACGAAGCCGAUCCGGCGGGGUACACCGAGCAGUGCAAGGAGGAGACGGAUGCGCUGAGAGCCAAGAUUGAAGCCGCGCGAGCCUUGUUGCCGACGGUCAAGAUGGAUCGUGACCUAGCGCUCAAGAUUUCUGGCGUAUGCGCUCUCGUGAACGUCGAUGGCUUGCGGGGCGACAUCGUCGUCACUCGCGCCGCCAAGGCUCUCGUCGCCUUUGAGGGCCGUACCGAAGUCACCGAGGAAGACAUCGGCCGCGUCAUCGGCCCGUGCCUGAGCCAUAGAUUGCGCAAGGACGUCACGGACACCAUGGAUGGAGGCUUCAAGGUCACGCUUGGGUACAACAAGAUCUUCAAGGGGAGCGCCAUGCUCAACUUCAACGAGGCCAUGGAGGAGGGCAUCAAGGCGCCGGAGCCGGAGAAACCCAAGGAGCCGGAGAAGCCCAAAGAAGAACCGAAGAAAAAGGCUGGCGCGUGGAGUGGUAUGGGCGGCAUGGGACGAGGACGCUAA